AUGAGUGCUGAGAACGCCCAGCAUGGCGAGCAUGCGAAACCAGAUACUCGCCACGGGACGGACAAACCCACGGGAAUCAUAACAAGAGACAACACAGACGCUGGUGCCCAAUACUCUCCAGCACGAACGACAUCCAACACCCACCAUGAAUCCAACUCACAUGCAGAAUCCUCCAAAGAAGACCUACCAUCUCGCAAAACCUCCCACAACAGCCUCCCAACUUCACGACCCACAUCCACAGAACAUCGAAGAGACAAUGCACAGCACCCCGUCAACCACAAUCUCUACGAGGACCCCGAUAAUGGCAAACAAAUCAUCACAUUCUCCAAAGACGAUCCAGAAAACCCUUACAACUGGUCCCGCGGCAAGAAAACUCAUGUCCUCCUAACCUGCAUGGCCCUCGUACUCAACUCCACAAUUGGCAGCGCUUUACCUUCUGGCGCAUCACAGCAGAUCGGCGAAUAUUUCAAUAUCACAAGCCAGUCGUUACUCGUUCUGCCAGUUUCGAUAUAUUUGAUUGGGUAUGUUUUGGGGCCUUUGUGCUUCGCUCCAUUAUCAGAAUCCUACGGAAGAAGAUGGAUCGUGAUUGCGACUUUCGUGGUUUUCACAAGGUUUCAUUUGGGUUGUGCAUUGGCUCCGAAUUUUGAAAGUUUGAUUGUUAUGCGAUUGAUCGUUGGAAUCGGGGCUUCGACGCCAGUGAGUGUUAUUGGCGGAAUCUAUGCAGAUAUCUACAGCACCCCAAAAGCCCGAGGCCGAGCGGUGACGAGUUUCAUGGCAGCGACAACAUGGGGCCCACUUGCUGGACCCAUUAUAUCCGGCUUUGUAGCUCCUGUCUCCUGGCGCUGGGCAUUUUGGAGUGGUUUAAUUAUUGCUGGAGCCACAUGGCCGGCCGUCAUCUUUCUCCCGGAAACAUAUGGUCCUGUUCUGCUGAAACAAAAAGCGGAGAAGUUGAGGCGAGAGACUGGCAAUGAGAAGAUCGUCGCGCCCAUCGGAUUGGAAGAUCAGAGCUGGGCAGAAUUCGUGACGGUCGUUCUGACAAGGCCCGUGAGGAUGUUUUUGUUCGAGUGGAUCGUGCUGUUUUCCUGCUUGUACCUCUCGGUGGCUUAUGCCAUUUUCUACAUGUUCUUCCAAGCCUACCCAAUUAUCUUCGGCGGAAUUUACGGGUUCAACGCUGGAGAAACAGGUCUCACCUUUAUUCCCAUUGGAGUAGGUGCAAUGUUGGCCGGCAUCGUCUACCUCUGGUGGGAGCAUUAUCUCGAACGAGCAAAAGCAAAAUCCCCUCCACCCGCCUGGAGUCAACAAGAGGAAUACGUUCGAUUACCGAUUGCCUUGCUUGGCGCGCCAUUAUUUGCGAUCAGCCUUUUGUGGUUGGGAUGGACUGCUCGACCAGGGAUACAUUGGAUCGUUCCAACGUUGUCUGCGCUUCCAUUUGGGGUUGGUUUCCUUUUAAUAUUUUUCGCAAUCGUCAACUAUGCCGUGGACGCAUAUGAGCGGUUUGCGGCGUCAGCAAUGGGCGCUUUGGCUUGUUCUCGGGCGAUUUUUGGGGUUGUAUUGCCGUUUGCAGCACGGCCCAUGUUCGAGAGUUUGGGUGUUGCGUGGGCUUGCAGUCUGCUGGGAUUCCUCAGUGUGAUGAUGGGCAUUGUCCCGUUUGCCUUUCUGAAGUAUGGCGCGAAGAUACGCGAGAACAGUAAAUGGUGUCAGGAGUUGGAGAGGAAAAAGGCGGAGGACGAAGAGAAGGGACGGCGAUUGGAAGAACAGCAGUCGCGGUUGAGUUCGCAUGUGCAUGGAGGUCCUGAGAAGCAGGUUUGA